AUGUGGUUGUUGUUGACACGAAGUGAUAUUAGGAUAGAAGUGGCCGAUGAACUGAGUCGCACACCGCUAUUAUGGGCCGCAUACAACGGGCAUGAGGGUAUUGUCAAGCUGCUUCUUGACAGAGGCGCCGCAAUCGAGACACUGGAUAAGUUGGGCCAGACACCACUAUCAUUGGCCGCAAAUUACGGGCAUGAGAGUAUUGUCAAGCUUCUUCUUGAAAGAGGCGCCGUAAUCGAGACACUGGACAAGUCAGGCCGGACACCGCUAUCAAGGGCCGCGAUAAAUGGGCAUGAGGUUAUUGUCAAGCUGCUUCUAAAGAGAGGCGCCGCAAUCGAGACACUGGACCAGUUGGGCCGGACACCACUAUCAUUGGCCGCAAAUUAUGGGCAUGAGAGUAUUGUCAAGCUUCUUCUUGAGAGAGGCGCCGUAAUCGAGACACUGGACAAGUCAGGCCGGACACCGCUAUAA